AUGGCCGGACACCUGGCUCCUGAAUAUUUCUCGCCACCCCCAGGCGGUGGCGGGGCCGGAGGGUCAGAGCCUACGUGGAAUUGGCCCGGCUUUCAAGGCCCACCCGGUGGGGCUGGAACAGGGCCGGGACCCGACGGGUGGGGAAUGGCCCCGUACCACCCCUUGUACGAUAUGUGGGGAGGGGGUGUCUACUGUGAACCUCAGCCCAAUGUGGGAGUGAUGGCUCAGCCUGCUCAGGAGAUCGCAGUCCCCGACGGCGAUGCAGGACCCGGGGUAGAGAGCCCUUCCGAAGGCAGUUCCCCAGAGCCCCGCGCCACUGGUCGAGUCACCAAGAUUGAGCCGGUGGAGAGUGGAGACGAGCAGCCCCAGGAGACCCCUUCCCCAGAGGAACUGGAGCAGUUUGCCAAGGAGUUAAAGCGGAAGAGGAUCACUCUGGGUUAUACCCAGGCUGAUGUGGGCAUCACCUUGGGGGCUCUCUUUGGCAAGGUUUUUAGCCAGACCACCAUCUGUCGCUUUGAGGCACUGCAGCUCAGCUUCAAGAACAUGUGUAAGCUCCGGCCUUUGCUACAGAAGUGGCUAGAAGCUGCAGAUGACAAUGACCACCUUCAGGAGUUGUGCAAGGCUGAGACAGUCCUUCAACAAGCCAGAAAGAGGAAGCGUACAAGCAUUGAGAACGGAGUUCGGGGAAACUUGGAAACCAUGUUUCUCCAGUGCCCCAAGCCCACACUUCAGCAGAUCAGCAAUAUUGCUGAAGAGCUGGGACUUGAGAAAGAUGUUGUCCGAGUUUGGUUCUGUAACCGGCGUCAGAAGGGCAAGCGCAGCAAUAGCAACUCACCCCGUGAAGAUUUUGAGGCAGCUGGCUCCUUCUCUGGGGCACCUAUGCCUUUCCCCCUAGCUCCAGGCCCUCCAUUCAGUCAUCCCAGUUAUGGGGGCCCUCAUUUCACCACUCUCUAUUCCCCAGCUCCUUUCACAGAGGGGGAUGCAUUUUCCUCUCUCCCUGUUACCCCUCUGGGCUCUACCAUGCAUUCAAGCUGA